CUUACACGACAACAACGACGACGAUGCAUGCCAUUUCACACCAAUAUCGCAUUCUAUAGCAGUCACUUACAUCGGCCACAAGCUACCAUUUUCAUCGAGUCCUAGUACGACACUUUCAUAUAGCACAGCCGCCGUGAACUUUGGAAACCCGCCUUCUGUAUCCCGUCGUUUGCGACGCAAAUUCCGAGUCCUCGAGUGUCGCCGAGUAAUCCACGCCGCUUCUUCCACACACUCUCCCUCUCAUGUCGACUCUUGCGAGACUUGCGCAUUUGUAGGCAAUUGUUACGGCUGUGAGCCGGCCACCAUCUCUACCACUAUCCGUCUUGCUCCACCUCUGUCAUCCGUCGUACAUACGUUUCCGACGACAGUCUCACCAUGCCUCUCAUCAAUGGAAUAAAAAUGGCCUGCGAGCCUUGUAUUCGUGGCCAUCGCUCUACUAAAUGUACACACGCAAACGAGCGACUAAUGGUACCUGUGAGGAAGCCGGGUAGACCUCUUAGUACAUGUCCUCAUCCGGCUUCUCGCCCAUGUUCUUGCGGCAGAGUCACGGCCGCGAUACCAAAGAAACAAGCAUGCCAUUGUGGUCCCAGCAAAGAUACCGAAUCACCAAAGCCUGAGAACGGUGAUAGCACAAGCAGCUCCACACCCCAGAGCCCUGCUAGCAAAACACCAGGUUCUGGAUAUCGAGUACAGAAAACGAGUUCGAAAGGCGGAAGUUCUAGCAGAAGAGAAUCUGUUGACCCAUCGGCCUUCCAGCGAAUGGAUCCCAAAAUGCUCAAUAUUUUGCCCUCGUUCGAGGACAUAUCCCAGAAGCCGGUCGCGCCUCUUCCUGACAUGUCUCCUUAUGGAAGUAUGGGUAUGACACCAGCAGACAGCCCUUUUGGACCCGUCAUGUACCCAGCGUUCCAACCACAUAUACCACCCCCUAUGAUGAGUCCAGGCACAUCAAAAGAGACCAUGGCCGGCCAGUCUGGUUCAAUAACGAGCACGCAAGUUCUAGAACAACCAAUCCAGUCUACACCAAAAGCCGGCUCUUGCUGCGGAGGAGGAAAUUCCAAUAAUAUUGCUUCCGUUCCAAUUACAAUGCCUUCAGUACCGGGCCCACCGAAAGCCAAGGCCAAGAGUUGUUGCUCUUCCAGUAAUGACUCCCCCAAACUCGACCAGAAGAACGAUAAUGUGCCGGCCAACGAUAUACCGACGCCCAACAGCAUGAUGAUGUCGCCUUUUCCGACACCCAUCAUGAUGCCUAACGGCAUGUAUGCCUACUACCCUCAGCCCACUGUAUUCACGUACCCACCUCAGUAUGGUUCAUACUUGCAGCCUCUUCAGCCGGAGCAAUGGAGACAAGUAAUGGCCGCGAUGACUUUUGCUGGUCAAGGGGGCAUGCCUUCACCCUUCGGAAUGCAUGGUGCAACACCGUUCCCGGCCCCGACUGCCCCUCAAACUCCCCAUUCGGCGACGGGCACUUCUCAUCAGUGUAGCUGUGGUGCCUCGUGUGAGUGUGUAGGCUGCGCAGCCCAUCCGUACAAUGAAGCGACGCAGAACUAUGUUCGAUCGGCCUGGCAGAGCAUGAUGGAUACCGGUUACACCCAUGUGAACGGACACGGAAACGGUGAAACGCCUACAACAAAUGGCCACAGCGUUACCACAAACACGGCUUCUGUACCCCCUAUCGGCUCUACCGACGGGACUGUAUCGCCAGUCGCCCCACAAACUCCUUCUGAAGCGGCGUCAGGCAUUAGUGAAGAGCAAGCACUGUCGGCGAAUGAUUUCUUCUUUGUCAGUUACCCGUUCGGAGACUCUUGUGCUGGUGAGGAGGCAAGCUGUCCGUGCGGAGAUGAUUGUCAGUGUUUAGGCUGUGUAAUUCAUGGCAACUCUGAGUCAGCGGUGGAAGCAGAAGGCCAGGCCUAGAAAACACCUCUGAGAGUAUGAGAGCUUCUUCGAUCAACCUUUCAAACUCGCCCAUUAGAGAUCCUGCGGAUGCAAAGAAAUCAUCACGUAAGGGGGGAAGACGAGGGCUGCGAUUUGCUAGUUUGCGAUUAUACCCAUUGGAAUUUUGGAAUGACGAAGAAGGCCACUGAAAGAUUGAGAAGAAUAGAGACGCUUUGGCACAUUAUGCAUAGAAAUACGAUUUACUCCCCUUCA